AUGUCGGAAAUUUUGAAAGAAUACAAAAAGCGAGAGGUAGAUUAUAAGUUAAAAAUGGGUUCUGAAGCCCCUCUUUCUUAUGUUAAUCGACAGCUUCAUCUACAUGAUGAAAUUCUGUUUACCGUGGAUAUUCCAUGGCCAAUACUACAACUGUGGCGAGAUGUUCUUGAAGGAGUAUCCAGUGAAGAUGCAAAUUUUAUUGAUCUGCUGAAUUCAACUGUGGUUGAUGGAUGGUUUGUUUUAAAACGUGAUUGCAAACGUAUUGAAUCAUUGGUUAAUAAAAAAGCAAGUAAUGUGGAUUUAAAAAAAGUAAGCAAAGAGUUAGCAGACCAUGUGGAAAUACUGGAAAAAGAUCUAUCCCUAAACUGCUAG